GACAAAAUAAACGAAGCUUUAUUGACGUGGGUAGCUUCAAAACAACAAAACCAUUCAGCUGGAGGAGAGACCGGAGAGCUGCCACUUGCUAAAGCCAUCGCCAUUGAUGCUUCCUCUUUGAACUUGUGUACCUUGUAAAUUGCUAGUUCACCAUAAUUUUUCAGCUGGGUCAGGGGCCAUGGCAUUAUCUAUGACCCCCAAUUUUACUCACCAUUAUCAUUCUCUCUUUCCCAGUUUCAAAUCCUUAAAUAACAGAAAAACAGUUGUGGCGCGAAGUUCCAACGGUAAUGUCCCCUCCUCCAAUGGUACUGUCCUCCUCAAAGAUAAGCCAACAAUCCCAGGAAAGUCGGAGGCGGAUGUUGUUGUGAUUGGGAGUGGUAUUGGUGGGUUGUGUUGUGGUGGGCUUUUAGCUAGAUACGAGCAGGAUGUUCUUGUAUUAGAGAGUCAUGAUCAACCUGGGGGUGCUGCUCACUCUUUUGAGAUAAAAGGCUACAAGUUCGAUUCUGGGCCUUCCUUGUUCUCUGGUUUCCAAUCAAGGGGUCCUCAGGCCAAUCCUCUUGCACAAGUCCUAGAUGCAUUGGGUGAGUCAAUUCCAUGUGUGAACUAUGAUUCUUGGAUGGUUUAUGUGCCUGAAGGUGAAUUCUUGUCACGGAUUGGCCCUACAGAAUUUUACAAGGACCUUGAGACAUAUGCAGGCCCCAAUGCUGUGCAAGAGUGGAAAAAACUUCUUGAUGCAAUACUUCCACUGUCUUCAGCUGCAAUGGCUCUGCCACCUUUAUCCAUCCGAGGUGAUCUUGGUGUUAUCUCAACUGCUGCAGCUAGAUAUGCCCCUUCCUUGUUGAAAUCUUUUGCUCAGAUGGGACCUCAGGGAGCUUUUGGUGCUACAAAGCUUCUUAGGCCCUUCUCAGAAAUUGUGGACUCGUUGGAGCUAAAAGAUCCUUUUAUAAGGAACUGGGUGGACCUCUUGGCUUUCCUUCUUGCAGGGGUGAAAUCUAAUGGUAUACUUUCAGCAGAGAUGAUUUACAUGUUUGCAGAAUGGUAUAAGCCAGAUUGCUCUCUCGAGUACCCUCUUCAUGGAAGUGGGGCUGUUGUUGAUGCUCUUGUCCGAGGAUUGCAGAAGUUUGGUGGACGUCUUUCUUUAAGAAGUCAUGUGGAGAAGAUUGUUGUUGAAAACAAUAGAGCCAUUGGAGUCGAGCUGAAAAAUGGUCAAUUUAUACGUGCUAAAAAAGCUGUCAUCAGCAAUGCAUCUAUGUGGGAUACUUUAAAUCUCUUGCCUAGAGAAGUGCUUCCGAAUUCUUAUGUUGACAGGAUUAACACAACACCACAGUGUGAAUCAUUCAUGCAUCUCCAUUUGGGCUUUGAUGCAGAGGGUAUACAGAAGGACUUGGGGAUUCAUCAUAUAGUUGUGAAUGACUGGGACAGAGGAGUUGAUGCUGAUCAGAAUGUUGUUUUAAUAUCUGUUCCUAGUGUACUUAGUUCGGAUUUGGCACCCCCGGGGAAACAUGUCUUACAUGCUUAUACACCAGGAACCGAGCCCUUUGAAAUAUGGAAAGGACUUGACCGUAGAAGUGAUGAGUACAAACGACUCAAAGGCGAAAGAUCAGAGGUAAUGUGGAAGGCAGUUGAGCGUGCCCUUGGUCCAGGCUUCAGUCGCGACAAGUGUGAAUUAAAGUUGGUUGGAACUCCAUUGACACAUCAAAGAUUUCUUCGGAGGAACAGAGGAACUUAUGGGCCGGCAAUAGAAGCCGGAAAAAAUACAUUUCCUGGACAUUCAACUCCCAUAUCGCAGCUUUACUGCUGUGGGGAUUCUACUUUUCCUGGCAUUGGUGUUCCUGCAGUUGCAGCUAGUGGUGCAAUAGUUGCUAACUCACUGGUUUCAGUUUCUCAACACUCCCAGCUUCUUGAUGCAAUUGGAAUUUAAAUGCAUGGAUGAGUUCAGCUUUUGCAUUUCUAGAAAUUUUCUUUAUCAAUAGCUUGUCUAUAGUAUUAAAAAAAUGCUCCUUUUGCAUUUUAUUUUUCAUAACUUGUUAGCAACUGUAUUCAGAGACACAAGGCACUUGUAACUAGUAUUAGGGGGAAAUACACUACUCAGUCCCUGAGUUUUAUCACUAAUAACAAUUUGGUCCUUGUAUUUUAGAAAUUAAACUAUUUAGUCCCUUCAUUUUA